ACUUUUAUUGUUGUUCCCAAUUGGAACCCCAAAAAAUAAAAUAAAAUAUUCCUAUUGCUCCCCAGAAAGAUCUGUCUCAUUUCCGUUUCUCCUCCACAUCUUUGGGUUUUCUGCUCCGUUUAGGUGGAAUUUGGAGCGGUGGUGACAUGGGUCCGGUCGUUUUGGCAACGAGCUUGAGCGUGUUGGCCGGGGCGGUUCUGGUCAAGUCGGUGAUGGACCAGAAGCCCAUGGCCGGACCGAUUCCGAGGUGUGCCACAUGUAACGGGACGGGAAGGGUUGCCUGUCUGUGCUCGCGGUGGUCGGAUGGAGAUGUUGGGUGUCGGACCUGUGCUGGGUCGGGACGUAUGGCGUGCAGCAGCUGUGGUGGGUCUGGGAUGGGGCGGCCCAUCCCUGUUCAGCUCUCUGUGCGGCCGAAGAGCCGGAGCUCCUAACUGGGUUUGCUGCUUUACAAAGGGAUUUCCAAAACUCUCGUAUGGGUAUUCAUGGUUUUUUUGUUGGGAUUUGAUUACCUAAUGUAAUAGGUAAAGAGAGGGAUGGGAGAUUAGUGUCUGUAAUCCAAGUAUAUUUAACAAUAUGUUAUAUUCAAAUUUCAAAGUUCUUAUAAAAUCAUGCAGUUUAA